AUGAAAGCGUUGGAGCUACGUACGCCGCUACCGCAAUACCGCCAAAACUCCUCGCCGAAGCUCCCAAUCUCCAUCUUCGUCCCAUUAAAACCAGCAAUAAUUAUUUCCGGACGUUUGAAAAUUGCCCAGAAGAAGAUAAUAAACAGGCCAAUCCAAUCCAUUUGCAGGGCAAGUGGGGUUCGGGUGGGGAGCAAGUAG